AUGUCCGCGCAUCAACCCAAGCCACGCUCACCUUACAUUUACGGCCUGUACCGUCAUCUCACGGAAGAUCUGGGGUGGGACGUGAAGGUCGUGGUUCCUAGUACCCAGAAAUCAUGGAUUGGCGGCGCAUACCAUAUCAAAGACAUCAUCAAUGGACGCUACUACUAUCCCCGUGUUCCUGACGGUCUUGGGGAGACGUCAGAAAAGUCAAGAUCGCUCAAGGAAGGGGAGACGGCCGAAUGGAUCCUUCUUGACGGUACACCGGCUACCUGUGCAAAUAUUGGGCUUCACAACCUACACCACGGGGAGAUAGAUCUACUAACGCGCGCCAUCGCGCUCUCCUACGGCACCGUCGCACGCCCGACCCCGCCCGAGUACUUCGAGCCCGCGCACAAGCUCGGCGCGCGCAUCGUCGCGCACCUCUGGGCGCACUGGGCGCGCGAGUCCGGCCCUGCCGCCGAGCCCGUCGACCUCUACAACGUCAACAUCCCGAUGGUCCCCGGCCUGCUCGCGCCCGAGGGCCUCCCCGUCUGCUGGGCCCGCUUCUGGCGCAACUCGUACGGCCGGCUCUUCCAGCCGAUCCCCGGCGCCGCCGCGCGCACGACCGCGGACGCGCCCGCCGCGGUGCCGGAGGGCGCGCAAGGGGGCAUCGCGGACGAGGCGGGCGAAGGGGGGGCGGAGGUUGGGGGCGGGCUGGUGUUCAAGUUCGCGCCGGACAUCAUGGAGCUCAUCAACCCUGCGGCCGCGAGCUUGCCGAUCGGUUCGGACGGGUGGGUGAUCAGGAAGGGCUGGUGCAGUGUGACGCCUAUGCGUGCGUCGUUCGCGGAGCCCGUGGAGUGGGACGUGCAGUCAGAAGAGGAAUUCGAGGGAAAGAUCUGGAAGAGUUUUCUAUGA